UGCCAGUGCGGACAGCCAGCCUACAGAGAUUCGACGUUUCGCCAGGAAGGCCGGCAUCACACAGCUGUUCACGUGUACACGGCGUGAUACCCGAGCGUCUCUUCGCUUAAUCUCCAGCGAGGGCCAGAAAAGGAAGAACGCUAACGCAUGGAAGCACGCGCUACGAGUGCAGGCACAACCGGCGUGUUAGACAUUCGAAUGUAAAUCAUGGCAGGAAAAUCUGAUGCCGACAUCGAUGAUGGGAAAUCGGAAAGAUCUUCCCGCAUAGUCUUGCCGUGGAGUCUUCGGCAACAGUGUCUCGAUGAAGUGCGGCGAAGUUUACUCCGCUGGAGCAAGAGCCAAGAGGAUGAAGCGCAAACGCCGACGUCUCCCAUCGAGAACAAUCCCUUCGUCGACUGCCCGCUUCACGUGAGACAAGAUCUCUUGGAAUCUAUACUCGAUGAUGAGAGCCGUAGUCCAGCUCUAAGGCGCAUCGCGGAGAUGCUGCUCGUUUCUGGGCUGCAGUCCUUCGACCUCAGCUGCCUGGACGAAUUUGACAAGACGGAGCUCCAGUUCAUCCUUGACGUCCUUCAAGAGCACGGCUCUGCCCUGCGCGAAUUGACCAUCGCUGGUCUGUGGAUGUACUCUUCGGAGAGCGGCGAAAUCGUGCAACGCUUGUUGAGUUCUGCCCCGAAUUUGAGGAUUUUGCGAAUCCAAGACAUGUACGGCGAAGACCUGGAAAUCCUCGCACGUUGCUGUCCGCGGUUGCAACGGUUAGAGGUGAUGCACCACUCCAUUAAUGCGGAAGACAUUGCAGGCUUCGUUAGCAUUGUGCGGCGGGAGAACCUCGCCAUCGGUGACAGCAUAAUGGAGGUUCGUCUUCCAGCAUCAGUCGAUGGUGAAGGCGUGCUUGCCCUUAUUGAAGCAUUACCCAACCUUCAGAUCGUUCGUUGCGUCUACCUCGAGAAAGUGCUUGACAGCCUCGAUAUUCGAGCAAAUGCCGGUUCUAGCCAACGUUCGUGGUGGGUGCAAAGGUUGCGACGGAUUCACGCCGUUCAGUCAGGCAUACCGAUGGGCUGGGGCAGCGUCGAGAGGUUAGUGUCGUGGUUCCCGGAAGUGGAAGAGGUCGUGUUGCAUGUGCAAGAGGGCAUGAACCUGAGAGAACUUGCGAAACUUGGAAAACUGCGGUCGCUAGAGCUUCGAAACAGUCCAACUUUCCCGUCAUCUUACACCGACGACGUCCUUCCUCUUCUCGCACUUUGUGGACGGCGCCUUCUCCGGUUGGCGUUGGAACACUUCGACGUAAUUGACUUGGGUCGGACGCAUACCAUGUGUCCAGACCUCGAGUCAUUGUCCAUCCGGUGGUUCAUACUUCUUGGCUGUGCUCUGCCGUCGACCCACCGCAGUGUGACAGUGAAGCCAUUUCAAAAUCUCCGUGACCUCCACAUAAGGCCCCGAGUGGGUAGGGUGGUGCAGAGGGAAGCAUGUGAACUCCUGCUGAGUCACUGCUGCAAUCUCCGCUGGUUGGAGAUAUUUUGUGGCGCAGGGCUGAAUGAUUCUCUGGCACAGUGUUUGUGCAGAAGGAAUGGUUUCACACGCCUCAAGACUGUAAGGUUACCGCACGGGCAUGGGCUUACAGCGGAAGGGCUGCAGUGCCUUCUGUCCAGGGCAUCAAAGCUAAAGUGCUGGAGCGCUGGAAAGUUGACGAAGCGUCCUUCUCUCACGGAUGACGAAGAUGAAGGGCCACACGACAUGCGGGAUCUCGGUGUGGAUAACUGACUCUGCUGUGAUAUUUUGUGAAUAUAUAGUCUCUAAUGUGAUCAAGAAAUUUAGUUGUGUGCAAGACGUUCUUGUACAGGUGGUGGGCGUGCGUGAGAUAUGGUGGGACAGAGUCCGGAAAGUGUGUCGCAUUGUGAUGCCGUGCGAAGGUUGUGUGUAUGCGCUAGCUGCGCGUUCCAUCAUGUAUUACUAAUGUAGUACGUGCUCAGGUGAAAAACGUUUGCACUUACAAGUGGUCUAUGAAACAAUUUCUACUUGAAACUACUUUGAACCACUUUGUACGUAAAUGGUUUAAAGCGGAAAUUAUUUCAUAAACCAUAUCGAAUUGCAGACAUUUUUCACACUACAAUGUACAUUGUACACUACAAUGUACAUGUAUUACUAAUGUACAAAUGAAUGAAGUUCCUUCGGAGGGAUUACCAGUUUGCAAACUGAAUUGAACUGGUAAAGAGUUGAGCUCUUUGUUUUCAAGACUCAUUCCAAAGAUAAAGAAGUUGCGGUGGUACUAACCUUGCACAACAAGGUGCAGGACAAACUAUUGACAGGAUGGUUGGUAUACAUCAGGUAUAGUUUUAGAUUUAACUUACUGAACGCUAUACUUCUUUUUGACCCAACAAAAGCUCUGAGCUCCACUGAAUGUGCAAGAAACCACCACGCUUUGCUGCAUUUCAAUGCAAUUGUGUAUACCUUGGCAGUAAAAUGGCUGUGCUUUUCUGCAGCUCUCGUUAGUUUCAAAAGCGGUGCAUCUUGUGUUAUAUGUAUUUCUCUUGUUCGCUCAUGUGAGAUGAUGAAAAUGCUCUAAGCAACUGCCAUCACCCCACUUAUCCGGUCACAAAAAUGUGCCAAUGGCUAAUGCCUCAUCGCACAAGUGCUCACGUUUUCCAUGGUGCAUUGUAGAACAAGGGUUCUUCAUAUGAAUGGCUAUAAGAAUAAAAGGUGCUGAAGAGCUGCACCACUUUUGUGGA